GGCAUGGCACUGGCAUGGGCCUGGAAACAAAUGUCCUGGUUCUACUACCAGUAUCUGCUGGUCACGGUGCUCUGCAUGCUGGAGCCCUGGGAGAGGACUGUGUUCAAUUCCGUGCUGGUUUUGAUCAUGGGGAUGGCCCUGUACACAGGCUACAUCUUCAUGCCUCAGCACAUCAUGGCAAUACUGCACCACUUUGAACUCGUACAGUGA